AUGUCUGGAGCUGCGGAUCGCGAGGCCGUCUUCCCCACACGGCAGUCCUUGGGUAUUAUGAAGGCCAAACUCAAGGGCGCCGAGACGGGUCACAGCUUGCUCAAGAGAAAAAGUGAAGCUCUCACCAAGCGUUUCAGAGAGAUUACCCGCCGAAUCGACGAAGCCAAGCGCAAGAUGGGCCGCGUCAUGCAGAUCGCUUCGCUCUCCCUCGCCGAAGUCACCUACGCCGUCGGCGGCAACAUUGGAUACCAGAUCCAAGAGUCGGCCAAGUCGGCGCGAUUCCGCAUCCGGGCCAAGCAGGAGAACGUCUCGGGUGUGCUACUUCCCGCCUUCGAAGCCUACCAGGCCGAGGGCAACGACGACUUCGCCAUGACCGGUCUGGGCAAGGGUGGUCAGCAGGUACAGCGGUGUCGUGAGACGUACGCCAGAGCGGUGGAGGCCUUGGUUGAGCUGGCUAGUCUGCAGACGGCGUUCGUUAUCCUUGAUGAGGUCAUCAAGGUUGUCAACCGGAGAGUCAAUGCGAUUGAGCACGUCAUUAUUCCUCGAACUGAAAACACCAUCAAGUAUAUCAACUCGGAACUCGACGAGCUUGACAGAGAGGAGUUCUACAGACUCAAGAAGGUUGCUGCCAAGAAGCAACGAGACAAUGCGGAAACUGACGCUCAGAUGAAAGCAAAGAAGGCAGAGCAGCAGCGGCUAGCCCUUGCAGACUCUGAGAAUGCUGAAGGUGAACAAACCGAAAAUACCCCUGCCGAUAUCUUGGCAGCCGAGGAGGACGAAGACGUCAUCUUCUAGUUUGAUGUCAACUUGUUAACGUAUUGCGAAUCGCUGAUGGCUGGACGGACUGUCGAUGACGAUCAAGAAUGUUUUGUUUGCAUGAAUAUUGUUGAGGCAAAGGGCAUGGGCGCAAUUAAGGAGUUUGUCUUGUUUUUAUUCUUGUUGUAGCAAUGGGUAUCUGAAGAAGGCGCUUUGCGAACUGCCCGAGUGGUGCCCUCACGAAACGGAAAACUUCUAGCACACUCUGAUAAACUGUGCAGUGCAUGAAAUCUGUAUCGCACGAUACUACUAUUUCCUUUGUCGACUUUCCCCAGGCAUGCAUCCUUCAAAACAUGCUCUACUGUCUCUGGUAGGUAACCUUCAUGAUCUUUUCGCCGUUCUUCAGGGCCAUGCCCGCCGUGUUUUCCUUUGCGGUAAUAGCACCAGCCUCGGCAUCGUAUUCGACGAAAGCGAUACCACUGCGACCAGGCACAGUACGGACUUCGCGGAAGCCAUCGAAGCGGGAAAAGAUGGUAGUGAGGUCGUCCUUGGUGAAGUCGUCGGGUAGGUUCUGGACGAAGAGAAUACGGUUGGGAGGCAGGUACUCGUCGGGUACAACAGCAGCAGGGCCCUGGCCCGUAGCCUUGAGGCCGGCACCGCGUUGGUUCUUGGCAGGGCGCGCAUCGGGGGCGGCACCCUGGAGAGGACGCUUGAGGCGGUUUUGUUGUUCGGCGACUUCGAGGGCUCUCUUCUUGUCCUUCUCAGCAAUGCGCCUGCGCUUGUGCUGGUCAAACUCCUCCUCGUUGCCAGUCUGAAUAACCGUAGCGUCGCUCCUCGUCCGCGCCAGGGCCACCACCAUGGGCUUCUCAAACAGCUCGAAGCCCUGGAGUUCAUCGAUGGCAGCCUGAGCCGA